GUUGGUUAGGACGCGUGGACCCUCCCAGAGGCUUUUCCUCCAAUAAGAAGCGAAACCAAAAUUCGCGCAGUUCUCUCCCUGCUCUGACGAGUGAGCGAGGGAGCCAGAGCCAAGACAAAACAGUGGCGGGUUGAAGUAAAACGAGAACCGUGAGGCCAUGCUGGACCAGGACAGUAGACUGUUGAUUAAUUAGUGAAAUAGAAGGCCCUGUAACCUAAUACCAAGUUCGGGUCAGGACACUAGAAGCUGAACAUAUCGAAUGCUAGCUACCUGUGGAUUUGAUCAAGGACAGGAUCCAGUGCGAAGCUCAUCGGUUUCCCCGGACCGUUACUAUCGGACCCUCGCGCUGCUGCGCAUAACUUCUGAAAUGUAAACAGAAGGGUUGGAUUUUAACUGCUUGCACGCCCCUCCCCCUCCCGGGAGAACCGAGAUGGAUCGGGUAGAGCCGGACCGGGACCAGGAGGCGGCGGAGCCACCCAUCCACGGCAUCCACGGGCCGAAUCGGAUCAGGCCCUCAUCAUACCGUGCGCUGCGCAGUGCAGUGUCAAGUCUGGCCCGGAUAGAUGACUUUAUCUGCGAGAAGAUUGGCUCUGGGUUCUUCUCAGAAGUGUUUAAGGUACAGCACCGUAUCACUGGCCAGGUGAUGGCUCUGAAGAUGAACACUAUGGCCAGUAACAGAGCCAACAUGCUGAGAGAGGUCCAACUGAUGAAUCGCCUGUCUCACCCGAACAUCCUCAGGUUUGUGGGAGUCUGUGUCCACGAGGGUCAACUGCAUGCACUGACUGAGUACAUCAACGGCGGGAACCUGGAGCAGCUGCUGGACAGUGACCGGUACCUGUCCUGGCCGGUCAGGAUGAGCCUGUCUUUGGACAUCGCUAGGGGACUGCAGUACCUGCAUAGCAAGGGCAUCUUCCACAGAGACCUCACCUCUAAGAACUGCCUGGUACGCUGGGAGAGCAGUCAAUGUACUGCUGUAGUGGGAGACUUUGGCCUGGCAGAGAAGAUACCAAAGUACAGUGAGGGGACAGACCAACAGCCCUUGGCCGUGGUGGGCUCCCCCUAUUGGAUGGCACCAGAAGUACUCCGGGGAGAACUCUACAAUGAGAAGGUAGAUGUAUUUGCAUACGGCAUCAUCCUGUGUGAGGUCAUCGCUAGGAUCCAGGCCGACCCUGACAUCCUCCCACGCACUGAGGACUUCGGUCUGGACGUAGAGAUGUUUCAGCACAUGGUGGGAGACUGCCCCCCUGCCUUUCUGAGCCUGGCUGUCACCUGCUGCAACAUGAAUCCAAAGUGCCGUCCGUCGUUCUCCGAGAUUGCGAUGGACCUGGAGAGAAGAGAGGCUGAGAGGACGCAAAAAGCCCAAACUGCAGUCAAGGCAUCUCCAUCUCCAGAACUUGGCCCACCGCGGAGGCGCUCCCUUUGUCUCCCUGGCGACCCUCGCCUCUGCCGCAGCAAGUCAGACAUGCUCCCUCCGGCUGUACCCCAGGCCUCCACCCCUGCCACGCGGGUCAACCCCUUCUCCCUUCGGGAAGACCUGAACGGAGGCAAGAUUAAACUGUUCGACACGCCCAGCAAGUCUGUCAUCUCCUUGACAUUCACCUUACCUCAACCCCCAGACACCUGCACUGACCCAUUGCCCUCGAACCGGGGGGGGGGUGGAGGCGUCUCACAAAGAACUGGCCACAGACGCUGCUCGUCCCUGCCUCCUUCGGAUCUCCUCUCCUCCAUUACCAAAGACCAUACGAGAGAGGAAAUGGGCGUGUCGCCGCCCAAAAUGUACACUGGGAGAGGUGAGACGAAUGUAGAGGAAGAAACCAAGGAAGAAGAGAAAAGGGUGAUUGUGAAAGACUUGGACAAAGAGGAAGAUAAGGAUGUGGAGAUGAGGAAGAGCUUCCCGGGUGAUGACUCCGGGCUUCCUCUCUAUCCGGACACCCUUUCGUUGGAACAGCUGAGCGAGGACCAGGAAGACGAAAGCGACCAGGAAGUUGAACCCAUGGACUGCACCAGCUCCCCCGACACCCCAGAUGACGCUCUCGCUCCACUCUCUUGUCUCCCGACUCUCCCAUCUGAUUCCGAACCCUCCCCACCGACCUCCCCAACAUUCACCAACCGCUGGGGCAAUGUUCCUCCAAUCUCCAACGGCCCUACCAGCCGGUCCCCCCUAGUCUCCCCGCACACAGACAACAACAACAGCUCAGCGGCGGUCAUAGGCCGACCUCUUGGGUGGGGGGGUACCAACGGGUACAGCUCGCCCCCCGGAGGAUCCGUAGGGGGCUCUCCCUCUCCUUUCGGAUCCGGUUCUUGUCCCUCGCCGGAGCAGGAGGAGGUGAUCUCGUGUCCCGGUUGCUGCCUGGCGGGACUCCGGUUCCCCUUGCUAUGUUUCCGUGCACCCCCUCGCCGGAACCCCUAUAAGAACCUGAACGGGAAUGGGGAUGGUAGCGGGGCCACACAAGGGCUGCUCUACAAAGGGCAUAAGGGGCUACCGUUAACCCCCAGCAACCCCAAGCCUGGUCCUGGCUUAGCCCUGCCUGGACCUCAGACAUAGACACCGAAUGCCCCUUACCACACAUCUAGGAUCAGAUUAGCCAACCCGUACCCUGACCUUAUUCUUUAGCAGGAGGAAGACUAGAAAUGGACCUGGGAACAGUACUUAGUGGAUACUUCAUAGCUGCUGGUAGGGGAGUUCCUGCUAUGCAGUAGCCUUUGACGUUUUGCUGCCCUCUGCUGGACUGAGGGGGUGUUGACUGUAAUAAUGCUGUACUGCAGGGGUCAGUAACAGCCAGCGGUUUGAAGAAAGAAAAAAAAGAAGAUUCAAAUCACCAGGAAUUCAAAUAAAAUGUUUUUUUAUUUUAGAAAUCUGUUCUCUAUUACUUACACAAAUAAAAUGAAAGAUGUUAUGGGAAUGUUUCAGUAUAAUCAAGAUAUUACAUUAUUCUCAAAUACAAUAUAGUUUGGGCUUAGUCAUGGUAAAUUUUACAGUGUACAAACACUGAACAUUUUCUGUUCUGGACCCUUCCGCUUGGACACAAAUUAGCAAGUGGCUGAAUCUAGUUGCUUACCCCCUGCUGUCCAGUGUAAGCCAGUGUAAUGCUGUCACACAACCCCAUCACGGAUGACGGCUGAUACUUUCCGUUAGCAUGACGACAACGCCCGUACUGGUCAAACACAUAUAUUUAAAUGUUGCUUUAGUAUUGGACCAAUCACAUGGGUUAUGUGUCAUCUUCCGGUGCGCCUGCUGUGUGGCUCCUUACCGGGCAGCUGCAGCUGUAAAUGCUGGUGCUUUUUUGGACGGAUGGGUUUCAUUGGUGAUGUUGAUGUCACCACGAUGAGGGAAGACAUGUUGUGAAAAGUGUUAUUAAACGUUCCGAGUUAUUAACGUUUCUUUAUGGAUUUCUGAAUGCUUGAAGGCUUAGUAAUGGAUGGCUAAAUAACUGCACGGUGCAUCCUGGCCAUGAGCAGAGAGAAAGAGGCGCGUGUGUACUGAUUUGUAUGGUUUCUUUUACAGCUCUCAUGGAUCUCUGACACAGCACUACUAUUGUUUAUUAUGACUUGUUAUGGUUUCUGAAAAUGGGCGGUCAAAGACCUGCUUCAACAAAGAGAUGUACAGAUUCGUAUUAUUUAAAAAUGGCAUUGAAUAAAAAUAUGUAAUGGAAUGACUGUCCUG